AUGGCCUCAACCAAAACUUUUACUUUUGAGGAAGUUUCCAAACACAACAACAAACAAGAUUGCUGGAUUAUGAUCCAUGGAAAGGUGUAUAAUGUGACCUCAUUUUUGGAUGAUCAUCCAGGUGGUGACGAAUCUUUAAUUUCAUCAACAGGGAAGGAUGCUACUGUUGAUUUUGAAGACGUAGGUCACAGUGACUCUGCAAUAGAUAUGAUGCAAAAAUACUGUAUUGGAAUGGUCGACACGUCGAACAUUCCAGCUGAAGAAAGGUCCGAUCCUCCCCCGCCUCCACCUACGCAAGCACGCAACGAUAACAAUCAAUCAUCGGGAUCGGGAUUUGUUGUAAAGGCAUUGCAAUUUCUGUUGCCGUUACUGAUAUUGGCCUUUGCAUUUGCCAUGCAGCAUUAUGGAAAAAACAAACAAGCCAGCGACGAAUAA